AAAACAUUCGAUCGCACAUUUUCAUUGAUUUGGUAUGUAGCGUUAGAUGAACGCACCAAUGGGCAAAUUAGGUACGUUUCCAACGACAACAGUCCUGAGGCAGGUGUCUAUGGCGAGACACUUGGACUGGGAGAGUUCAAGGUGCGUUUCCAUCCAAUUAAAGGUAGAGUUCUACAUAAAUCCUAUUUGAGCACAGUAGCUCCAUCGCUUAGCAAACUGAAGGAAACUGUCUUCGCACACUUCCGCGUAUUUUCUGACAGCCAGGGCAGGAGGUUUAUUGGAUUGCCAGGAGAAAUGAUCUCGCAAAAUGGCGCGCUUCCGGACGAGCCCAAUUUCAUUGCCAUACAAAUCACCACUGAAGUGAAUUUUACAAUGGAUAUCACUUACCAGUCCACAUCUGGUUAUUCACACGGUGAGAGUAUAUCCAAACCGCCUACAGCUAAAGAGUUUACCAAUUCUUUGCAAAAUAAAUUGGCUGAGUUCGAUAGGCAAUUUGAGGGCACAUUCCAUUUGCAGGCCAAGGGAUAUUCAGCUGACGAAAUAAAAUUCGCAAAAUAUGCAGUGAGCAAUCUAAUUGGCGGUAUCGGCUACUUCUAUGGUUCAAGUAAAGUAAAAUCAGUAUACACUAAAAAACCAGUACCUUAUUGGAAAGCUCCAUUGUACACCGCUGUACCGUCACGCUCCUUCUUUCCACGCGGUUUUUUGUGGGAUGAAGGCUUUCAAUCCUUAAUAAUAGCAUCUUGGGAUUUGGAUAUUGCAUUGGAUAUUAUGUGUCACUGGUUUGACCUACUCAACAUUGAAGGAUGGAUACCGCGAGAACAGAUUUUAGGUGUAGAAGCACUAGCGAAAGUACCAGAUGAGUUUGUAGUUCAACACAAUAGCAACGCCAAUCCGCCCACGUUUUUCCUCACACUUGACAAAAUACUUACGCAUCAUAAGAAAGAGCUUUCGGUGAAGGGGCGACUCGACAUAUUGGAGCGUCUGUACCCUCGUUUACAAGCAUGGUUUUCAUGGUACAAUACUACACAACGUGGUGAAAUAUUGGGCACAUACUAUUGGCGCGGACGAAAUGCUUCUAGCGAGCUUGAAUUGAACCCCAAAACCUUAACAUCCGGAUUGGAUGACUUCCCACGUGCUUCGCAUCCCACCAGCUAUGAACGACAUGUCGAUUUGCGUUGCUGGAUUGCACUAGCAGCAAGGGUGAUGAGUGAUUUAUCUGACAUACUUGGAAAAGAUAGCAUUAAAUACUAUGAAACAGCAUCAUUUCUGGCAGAUAACAAAUUGCUAAAUGAGCAACAUUUGAGUCCAUUCAUUGAGACCUAUACAGACUGGGGGCUGCACACAGAUGCGGUAGUACUUAAACGUCCAAAGGUGACAAAACAAAACUUUAUGAGAAAUCAGCAACCACAAUUGGAAAUGGUGCGUGUAACUCUAAAGCAACCCGAGCGGCAAUUUGUCGACUCGACAUAUGGCUACGUGAAUUUAUUCCCAUUUCUAUUACAUAUACUCGAUCACGAUUCAGAGUACUUAGGUAGGUUGCUCAGCAAUCUCCGUGAUCCAAAUGUACUAUGGACAAAUUACGGGAUUCGUUCGUUAUCCAAGAACUCGCCGUUGUACAUGAAACGCAACACUGAGCAUGAUCCACCAUAUUGGCGUGGUCCAAUUUGGAUAAACAUAAACUAUUUAGCAAUAAGAGCGUUACACCACUACGGUACCAUUGAGGGACCAUAUGCCGCGCUGGCACGGGAAAUCUACGCUGAACUGCGCGAGAAUGUUGUUGGAAAUAUAUUCCGUGAAUACAAGAGAACCGGUUAUCUGUGGGAACAGUACGAUGACACCACAGGACACGGAAAAGGCUGCUAUCCUUUCACGGGCUGGACCUCGCUGGUUGUACUAAUUAUGGCAGAGACAUAUUAAAUUCAUUAAGCGAUUUAUAAUGAUUUAUUACUAUAAGUUUUUAACUGCACAGCAUAACUGAAACUGCAUUAAAUGCCAAUUUACCAAAGUUGAUCUCUUAUCACCCCAAAAGCAUUUUCUGCCGAUUUCCAUGAUAUGUAAUGUGUAGAGUUUAAUGAGUAAAUGUAAUAUUAGCAAUAAUAAGGCCAAAAAUUACGAAAGUUACGAACAAUAAACGAAAAAUAACCUAGCAAUUAGAA